AUGUCAACUUCAAUCCAUAAUAAAUCUACAACAAGUCAUUUAGCCUAUAUAUUAUCAUCUUUAACUACCAGGGGAACUACAUCAACUUCUCGGACUCACAUAACCUUACCUUCUACUACUGGGGGAAUUACAUCAACUCGCUCGAUUACUACAGUAUCCACUAGUACCGUAACUUCAAGUACUAAUACAUCACGAGGAGGUGGAGGAGGUGCGCCGCCUCCUCCGCCUCCUCCACCUCCUCCACCUCCUCCACCUCCAACCUCUCCACCUCCUGCCACUCACCCUACGACACCUCCUCAUAGCACUAUAAGCACGUCAAAAUCGACAACGACUACCUCGUCGACAGCUAGCACGUCAACAUCGAUACCGAUCCCGUCGACAGAAAUCUGUAGUGAAGAUAAUGAUUGCGGCUCAUCAUGUUCACUCGAAGAAGCCCGAUCUCUCCAAGAGCCAGAAGCUUUAUUUAAGCGUGUAAUGAGGGGUCCAGAGAAUUACGGCGGCGAUGUGAAUAGAUUUUUCACAGAAGAGAUAAAUAAUGCAGGGACAAGUGGGGAAUUAUUAGCGUAUCGGGGGAUUCCCGGAGCGGCCAAGCUGGAAUAUUUUCGAGGUCAGGAUAUUAGGACUGGUGUAAUUGGCCUUUUUGGAUGUACUUCGAUUAUCGUUAUAUCCAGAGGAGCCGUGUGGGUAUCGCAUUGGUGGGAGAAGCAAGUCUUUUUUUUAACAAGUUUCGAUGAAUUUCGAAAAUUGUUACUUGUACCUUUGGUCGAGGGAAAUGGAGAUAGGAUGCCGGGCCUUGGCGCGCUCGCCGACCCUACGCAACCCUUUGAGGCCAAAUAUCAGCCUCGAGCCAUUAUUGCAUCCGUCAAGUUGAGAGAUGGUCGAUAUAUUUUCGAAUAUAACGAUAAAAUCAAUUACAUACAAGACAAACUCAAAGCGAUAAUACCCGGUAUUCGCAUUACAACAUACAAGUACGCAAGGAAUAAGAAAGAAGCUCUAGAGCUUUCAUCACCUGCUGGGAAAAUCCUUAUUCAAUAUAGUGCUACUGAACCAAACUGCGAGAGAAAAUACAGGGUUUGGAUAGAGGCUCAGGAGCAGCUUGAAGAGUCCUGGCACCGGACUGAAGGACUACCGAAUAUUAGUUCAGGAGAUAUGAAUACUUGUAUGAGCAGCUCGACAAUCACCUCUUCUGACUAUUCUACCAGUAGGAGGAGCUCGACAAUCACCUCUUCCGGCUAUUCUACCAGCACCCCUACCAGCAGUUCUCCGCUAGUGAUAGAGACCUCUACCAGCAGUUCUCUGCUAGUGGUAGAGACAACUCUAUAUACUCCAUCGACAACUUCGUCGGCAGCUACUUCGGCACCUUCCUCGACGAUAAGCUCAUCCCAAACGAUUUCGACCAUAAUUCCGGCGGGUACUAUACCAUGCCCUAGUUUAGGAAAUUUUAAUACGCUGGACUGCCCGGACGGUGACGACGAAUCUAUUGCAGUAAUGGGAGAAAAUCCAGUAGCUGGUGGAGAUGGUUUUGCGUAUAACCUGUACUCUGCCUGUAAUAAUGCUCCAGUUACUGUAAUGCUCACCUGGUCUAAUGGCACGAUAUUAGUCGAGACAUUACCGUCUGCCGGUAUCAACGCGUUUGAUACACCUGGAAAUCUGGAACCAUGCUUAUUUUGGUCCGUGGCUGCUGCCGCAGUCACGUGA